AAGUACGUACAAGCGGUGUGAGAGUCGUUUGUCAAUGGUACGUGUCUCCCCGUAGCAGAACGGUGGCUCAUGGGAAGCCCCGGGGGUCUUUGGACUUCUGGGUAGGGUGCAAGUGACAGUUCUGAAGUUGCAGCGGAUCCAGUGGACUCCUGAGUAGCCGAAGGGUUGUUGAUGCCACGCCAUGCUGUUCUCCCUGCUUGAGCUGGUGCAGUGGUUGGGAUUCGCCCAGCUGGAAAUCUUCCUACACAUCUCGGCAUUGCUGGUAUUCACCGUGCUGCUGGCACUCAAGGCCGAUGGAUUUGCCCCCAGCAUGUCCUGGUGGAACGUCUUCAUCCCGUUUUUCACCGCCGAUGGCUUGAGCACCUACUUCACCACCAUCGUAACGGUGCGGCUCUUCCAGGAUGGGGAGAAACGGCAAGCGGUCCUUCGUCUUUUCUGGAUCCUCACCAUCCUCAGCCUCAAGUUCAUCUUCGAGAUGCUCCUGUGCCAGAAACUGGUGGAACAGAGCCGGGAGUUGUGGUACGGCCUCAUCAUGUCCCCCAUCUUCAUCCUGCUCCAGCUGCUCAUGAUCCGAGCCUGCAGGGUCAACUAGAGACCCCCCAAUGGACCACAUGCACUUUUAUUAUUAUUUAUUCCUAUACCUGCCCUACCCCUAUGUAGGGUUCUGAACCACCUAAAUGAAUGACAGUUCUGAAUGGACACUGAACAUUGGUCCAAUAUUAUUUGACUUUGGUUUCGAGGGUUGCUCGGGUACCCCCUGUACCAGAUGGGACUUUGCUCUGAUUCUAAUAAAGAAAAGUGAAAUAUGAGCAAAUGUGAGUUUCCCACUUGGCCUAUAGGGGGCGGCAGAACUGAGCACAGUGUUUACUCGACUCCCCAGGGCCCCACUUGCACUCGGCACCAUCAGGGCACAAUUAUUACAGAUAUAUCCGUGCCUUACUGGCUCACAUGUCUCCUAUAGCCACAACUUGAAUGGGAAAUGCAUCAACUUCUUUCUAUCGGGAUUCCUUGUUUUCAUAGUAACUCUGCAAAAUGACCAGAGAGCACCAGGGCAUGGAUUAACCCUUUUUGUUAGGCUUCAUCCAUAUGAGUGCCCAGUGGCUAUACUCAGCUGAGCCAUCCAUAACUUCCUACAUUGUUCCCAGUGCCUCUACCUCCAUGCAGGAUAGUGUCCUAUGUGUUAUGUACAGUCGAGCCUUCAGAUUGAUACAAGGAAUCAAAAUGGCACCUCCCUCCUCCCAUAUGUAUAAAUACACAAAGAGAGAGAGAAUGUUCUGGGCACCCAAUAAGCUAUACCCUCGUACUAAGCUCUAAGGGAAUCAAUAUGACACCUUCCUCCUCCCAUAUGUAUAAAUACAAAUCUACAGAGAAGCAAUGUUUUGGGCAUACAAGCUGUACUGUCUAAGGAAAACAAUAUGGCACAUCUCUCCUCCCAUAUUCAUGAAUACAAAUAUAUAGAGAAGUAAAGCUGUUGGCACACACUACAGUAGUAUUUACGGGACAUGAGUAUACUUUGCAUUACAUGACAAAGUAGUGAGCCGAGGUUGGACACUCCAUAUAUGGGGCCUAAAUGAUUGGUCUCAACAUAUGAUGCAGUAGUGAGAAAAGCCACAUUCUGUUCCACUCAAUGCAGCGAGGGAUGGGCCCAUACAAUAGGGAAACUGCUUCUUGAUCAGUCUUCUGGAGGGGGUCUCAAUACUUGUGCAAAGCAUCUUAUAGCACCAGUACCGGCCUCUUCAUCCCAACUCUGGGGCCAUUUCUUAACCUUUUGGACUGGAAUAAAACUGCCAAUAUCCUUUAACCUAUGAUGCUGGGAGUCACAUCUGGGGACCCCUGUAAAAUAAAACCCCACUUGAGCAUGUGAUGUGAUGCAGGUAAUAGUUAUUGUGCCAAUAGGGUGCAGCUUGUGUAAGUAUAGGCACUCGGUGGCACAUGAUUCACCACUGGCAUGGACCGGGCACACCCAUCUGAGCCCUGCCAAUAAGCUCACCAUGAUGUGCUGGGGGGAAGGAGGAGUUCACCAGGGUAGGGAGACAUAUGGGAGCAGUGACACCCAGGCACCUCAUUUCCUUGCACUGAGAAUGUUUAUUGUCUCUGUGUUGGAUACAAAGUGACAAGAAGUCAGAUCCACAAGCAUCACACAUGCCAGGGGCCAUUCAUCUUCAACACAGGGAAAUCAAGUCAGAAUUUGGCCUUGUAACAAGGAAUGGCUAGUACAGGCAGGAGACACAUUGACUCAUUAAAUAUAUUAAUUAUAUGAACAAUUACUGCUAAAAACAUCAUGAAAUCAAUUGCAAAACAGACCUUUUCAGAGUAAAUGACAAUAAAACAGACGGGUGCAAAAGGUGCAACAUCAGACAUUAGAAAAUUUUGGUCCAUUUUUCUAUAAAAAUAUUUUUCCUCAACAGAAAUAGUGCUGCUAUUAAUCUGCACCCUGUGGCGUUCCAGGUGCUGCAGGAGUGCAAAGAUUGGAGUGCUGGAAGUUGUAGCUUUGCAAGGCAUGUUGGGAGCUGGAGAGACACAGGUUGAAGAUGAAGCAAAGAGGGGCCCUUGAUUUGGGACCCCUGUCAGGCAUUUAGUAUUGCACUGCACAAAGAAAUGGGAAUUUGGGGUACACUGCUUGGCUCCACAAGGUGCAGCCUGUUGUGUUCAGCCUGGCAAGCUGAUUGGUCACUGGUUGUGCAACAGCAAAUUCUGUUUUGGAUCAUUAAGGACCAGCACCACAGUUUGAGUAAAAUACUGCGGGUAGCAAUGUGCUGGUUUACACUCUGCCUGGAGCUCUCACUGCUUAUACCUAUAUAGUACGAGUCUAGGGAGCCCCACAGAUCAUGCACUGCCCCUAAGCAGGAGGACUGAACUGCAGGAUGAGUGGCUCCAGGCAAACAAUCAGGCUUAUGUACAUCUGCAUACUACAGGAGCUGGAGUGUAUACGGACUGACCUGGAAAUCUUACUGAAUAAUCUCACAGAAUAACGCUGGCUCCUGGGGUGGAGAAAAGAUUCUGGUAAUUGCAGAUUGACCCUUUCAUCACCCCAAUAAAUGCCUGUUAUUUAGAAUGCCACCUGGACCUACAAUGGAUCCUUAUAGCCCAUGCCAGUUGCCCCCCCUCCCCGUGGGAUCUAACUAGGGUUGCCACCUUUUCUGGAAAAAAAUACCGGCCUUCCUAUAUAUUUAUCUUUUUUCCCCAAUUAUAAUAUUGGGAUCAACCAUCAUUUUUACCGGCCAGGUGGCAACCCUAGAUCUAACCCUAUAGCGAGGCACAGAGAUCCGCAUCAAAGGAUCAAAACCAUAGGGGCCGGAUAAUCGUCAGAGGACUUUACAUUAUAAAUAAACGUAGAUAUAUAGAAAGAGCGUGGGCUCUCCCCCAAUCAUUGUACCACACAAGCCCCACACCCUCCAGUCAUACAGCACUAAUCAGGACCACACAACUCCCCCACACACACACACACACACACACACAAACGCAUCCAAACAAGAGCCAAUCCACCUCCCUAUUUAGAAGGCAGAGCUCACAGUCACACACGGAUUUGGAGAUAAGAAGCUCCCUAAUUAAUAUAAUUAACAGAGCGCCAGUGACUUGGGCAGUUGCCAUGGCUGCCAGUGCAUAGAUACAGUGGAAGUGCACAGUGACACAGGAUUAGCUUUGGAAUUCAGUCUACAUGAUGCAGUAAAACACAUUUCCCAUAAUCCUUUGCAGAAUGGCUAAGGCCUGAAAUGCAGACCAGGCUGAGCCAGAGGGACAGAGGUGAGGGCAGUGAUGUCUCUUCCAAAGGUGCAUUAGUGGAAUAUGGUGGCUCCUCUAGAAGUACAGCGCCAGCUUGCUGCUUUCAUCCGGGCUCAGCUGAAAUACACAAGACAACAUGACAUGGACUAAGUCAGAACCCAGUACUGGGCUUGGACCAGUUUAUCAGGAGCCAAUAAAUGUGUCUGUAUUUGGUGUAUGAGAGGAAACCACAUUGGCACAGUGGGAACAGCCACGUUAGAAUUAAGCUCAGGAGCCCAGAGCUGCAUGGCAGCAAUUGUAUCCACUGUGCCAGCUCGAGUGCAUAUAAUAUAGACGGAGCCACUCCAUGAGCGCUCACUAAUACAUAUGAAGCAUAUGAGUAUGAUUACCAUGUCCUCUCCCAGAGCCUUGCCGUGUUGGGGGGCCGCAGUGCCAUAUUCUGCCAUGUGCUUUAGAGUGUAAUCAGACAGAUCUACAGGAAGGGAAAGAACAGGAACAUUACUGGUAUUGAAUGAAUGCACACCCUUCCCAUGAUCCUUAGCUGGGACAGUGAGGUGCAAACUCCCACUUACAUAUAAGGAAUCUAUUGCAUAUAAAGAAACGUGGUGCCCGUGUAUCAGGUAAACACAUGCAGCAGUUCUAGUCUUACAGAGCUGUUACUCCAUAGGCCGGGUUAUUGGGCAGAUGCAGCUAUUGCUCAGCCGCUAAUCAGAUAAAGAUUGAGAUUAAAGGGUAAAUUUGGCCUAAAAUCUUUCCUCUUAUCUCCAUACCCUGUACAGACAAGGAAGUAUUUCUAUUCCCAUGAUAAUUAAUGACACUGGAUAUUUACUUCCUUCUCAUUUAUUUUCUUCCCGACACCCAUUCGCCACAUUUCACUUUCUUUUAUGCCCCCUACCCCCAUUUAUUACUCUUCUCAUUCCUACAUCUUUCAUUGGCCCUGCUUUGUUCCUUUCCCUUUUGUCUUUAUGCUUUUCCCCUUCCAAUCCCGUUUCUUUGUGACCUCACCCAUCUGGCAGUUUCUUUUGGCACACGAGGUGUAUUCUGCCCCACUGCACCCAUGUAGAACUCCCAUGUUCCAUUUCUUUCCUCUUGUGCCCCCCUUUCCUUCUUUACUAGUGGCACAGCAGGAGAAACUUUUACAGGAUCGGGGGAGUCACACCAGGGAUAGUAUUGCUGGGGCAAGGGAUUAGGGGAAAUUGUUGGUUACAUAAACAAUUGGGCCAAAGAUGGGGGUGGAUGUACCAGAGUUUGAGUUAUGAGUGGUGCCAGGAAUGGGAAACUUUGCCCGUGGAAAGAAGUGCUCAGACGGAUUCUCCUCUUCCUCACAUUCUGAGUGCGACGCCUCGUCAUCCUCCUCUAUUAGAGAGUUCUCUGACGGGUACUCGAAGAUUUUGUGGAUGUUCUCAUUGAAUGUGAUCUUCAUCUGCCAGAAUAAAGAGACUGUUACUAAAGAACAACAACCCAGCACCGCUCAGAACCAGAGGCAGCAACUCCCCAAGCAAGGAAUAUAAAUGGAUUAGCGCUGCCCAAGCCAACAAACACCCAAUACAGGGACUGCAUUUAACACCCAACCUGUCACUGGCUUAGUGCCGCAAUGGAAAUAGACACUAAUAAUAAUAAUAAUAACCCAAGGGAACAUAAAUAUGUGGCAGCUCCCACCCACGCGACCACAUUCUGUUUAUCAGGCCGCAGUGCAGGUUAGAAAGGAAAUAUGGAAACUGUAGGAACCACUGUUACUCUCCUCAGUCCUUAGAUCAGCAUAAAGGGCAACUCCACCCAAAUAAUUAUCCAUAGUGACAAUAUGUAUAAAGGCCAAAGCUGAGGGUAAAUAGUCAUGUUAUUAGCUAGGAUCAUUAGAGUGAAAGCCCAGUGGGUUAGGGAUUACGCAUGUUAUUAAUUAGGAUCACUAGAGUAACUGCCCAGAGGGCUAGGGAGUAGGCAUGUUAUUAAUAAGGAUCAGUAGAGUGGAAGCUCAGUGGGUUAGUGACAGGACGGCACACUACAAACGCAGCUAAUAUUUACCCCUGGGGGUAUUUAAGGCAAUUAGUGAGGUAUGUGCUCACAGCAGA